AUGAACAGCCUGUGGGUGAUCUCUGCUGCUCACUGCUACAAAUCGAGCAUUCAGGUCAGACUAGGAGAACAUAACAUUGCCUUGAAUGAGGGCACCGAGCAGUUCAUCAACUCCGCCAAGGUCAUCAGACAUGGAAGCUACAACUCCAGAACUCUGGACAAUGACAUCAUGUUGGUCAAACUCUCCAAGGCAGCCACUAUCAAUUCCUACGUCAAGGCCGCACCUCUGCCCUCUGGCUGCGCUGCCGCCGGUACCAACUGUCUGAUCUCCGGAUGGGGCAACACUCUGAGCAGCGGAACUAAUUAUCCAGAUCUUCUGCAAUGUCUGAAUGCCCCAAUUUUGUCCGAUAGCCAGUGCCAAAACUCUUACCCCGGUGAAAUCACCAAAAAUAUGUUCUGUGCUGGCUAUCUGGCUGGUGGAAAGGACUCCUGCCAGGGUGACUCCGGUGGCCCCGUGGUAUGUAAUGGACAGCUCCAGGGUAUUGUCUCCUGGGGAUAUGGCUGUGCUCAGAAGAAUUACCCCGGUGUCUACACCAGGGUCUGCAACUACAACUCCUGGAUCUCCAGCACUGUGGCUGCCAACUAA